CACCUCCCGAGAGCUUUGCGAGUUCACCAUCAACACCUCCUCCGACCCCUUCAGCGCCAGCUCCGAAAAGUCAAUCUCUGGCAUUACUACAAAUACAAAGUUCGGUAUGUCCAGGGGAGUCGUGUGCAGCUACUUGGCUAAUGUGAUAAUAGACACAAUUACUUCCUACCAGCCAAAUUAUAUAUCCUUCGAAUGCCCGGCUCAUUGCGAAAGUCUCCAACCCUAUAUCACGCAAGAGUACCUACGCCGGUUAGACGCAAUUGCUCAGAGCGGUAGUCCUUCAGCGAUAUUUACAGGAAACAUUAAAACAGUAUAUCUGCAAGAAACAAUCAGCUAGACGCCUUGGCUGCUGAGUUGGGAGAAGACCAUUUUUGUAAUAUGGAGCGACGAACUGGUAAGUCAAGCUUCAGCUUAAUGCAAUCUUAUUUUCUUGAACUUAGUGCUAAGGAUAUUAUAGCGGUCCUUAGAUCCCAUGAAACGAAUGACACGACAUACGAAUUCACCGCUACAACAUUUAAAAAAACCUCGCGACUUCCCUUUAAUGAUCCACGCGCUGACGGCACACCUUUUAUAUGGUUUAGAAAAUUGUAAGAAAUACUCGGAUUUUCUUUUGCAGGUUGAUAAACAGUAGAGUUCCUUUUAGAUAUAAUUAUACAAUACUGACAUAUAUUUUUUAUUAGUAAUCAUGAGCGUAUUACUAAUGAAGCCAAAGCCUUGGAGUUGGUCUCUCAGCAAACGACGAUUCCUGUGCCAGAACUACUUGAUUAUGGAGAACAUUCGGAUGGUCGGCGGUAUUUGGUUACAAAAUUUAUACCGGGCGUCCUUCUGCGCGAAUUUCUAUUCCAAGGUUGCUCCAUGGCAACAGGACAAAAGCACACAGACAGUACACCAUGUAAAACGUGUUUAAAGCAGGCAUACUCGAGUGCGCUUCAGUUUAUCGAACACACUGUUUUUCCCCAGCUCAAGAACUUGACAUCUCAACAACGAGGCAUCGACGGAUUUGUUAUGCCCCCCUCUUGGCUUAGCCCUGACAUGGACCCUCCGUGGAAAGGCAAAAAAUAUUGGAAGACUCUCCCUCUAGAAAAUCCCGAGUAUGUUUUCCAACACGGCGACAUCGCAGCUCACAAUAUCAUGAUGGACCCACAAACUCUUCAACCCAUAGUCUUGUUUGAUUGGGAAUAUGCUGGUUACUUCCCACCAGGGAUGGAGAAAUGGCCCGGAUCUCUGGACUUAGAAGCCUACCGUAAGCGUGGCGACAAAUUAGCCAGUGCGAUAGCGGAUUUUCUUCCCACAGAGUACAUCGAAUGUUACAAUAAAUGGAAUGACGAGGCAGAAUUGCAGAGAUUGAUCGAAUCUGGGGAACUCCCACAUCCUGAACAACUAAGGCAGGUCUAA